CUAGAUGAAAGACCAAAUGACCAUUUUAACCUUACAUUUCAAAAAACAAAUUUCACAAUAUUUGUUAGUUUUAGAUGCUCAACCCAUUAAGUUUUAUGUUUCAGGAAUCCCACUCAGACUGGUGCUUCUCCAGGUAGUAACUAAACACUUCCAUUAUUAAUAAUUUUUAUAAAUCAUAUGCCAUUUUAGUAUUAUUUCAAGUUUUUAAUCCACAGGAUCACAAAACAAUAUGGGAUUCGACAUGUUGAUGAGUAUGUUUGGUGGACUUGGAGUUGGUGGCAUGGGAGUCCCAAAUGUCCCUGAUGUGGCACCAGAGCAGAUUUAUGCAACUCAACUGUCUCAACUUCAAGAGAUGGGGUUCUUUGAUGUGCAGGAGAAUAUUAGGGUUUUAUGUGCUACUUUGGGCAAUGUUCAUGCUGCUGUUGAGAGACUUUUGGGGAAACUUUGGUCCAUGAUGGUGAUGAUGUGGCAUUCUUUCUUUUUUAUUUAAGGAUGACCUGUUGGCAUGUAAUGUUAGUUGAUUUUUUCUUUAAAGUAUUCAAAUCGUUAUCAAACUGACCAAGGGCAUUUUGGUGGAAA